GACGAUACGAUCCGCUCUUUCAACGUCUUGUAUUUCCCGCACAAAUGGCAACACAGUAUGGCGAGAUGCAACAAAGACGUUCUUCUAAUGGCAUCGUAUUUUGUAACAGUAUUUCUGUUUUGCACAAAUUUACAAUAAUACAAAUAUCAAUAUAGAAAUGUAAUAAAUUAAAAAAUGGGAGAUAAUAACACACCAUUAACUAAUCCUUGGAAAACAUUAUCCACCAUAACUACAUUUGACAGGGGUAAUAAUGCAAGGACCACGAUUCGUUUGGAUAAUGAAAAUAAUCACAACAAUGAACAAGUUGUGAGCAUAGUUGCACCUUCUAGUAGUCUUCUAAUUCAAUCACUUAUACAGCAACUAUGUAUACUGUUUGAAGGAGAUUCAGUUCGUAGAAAUAAGCUAUAUUUUGCUAUUUGUGAUAGACUUUAUGAAUUGAAGCUGAUUGAUCAUUCCUAUAAUAUGAUAGAAUUUGAACCAUUAAGAAGUCAAUAUCAACGUGUACUAUAUCAAUUAUUUACAGUUGCAUGUGCAGCAACUGGUUGUGAAAGUACUCUUCAGAUUCCUAGUUCAUUAACAACACAAUGGUCCUGGUAUCAUGGAGAAUUUCAGGAAUUAAGUUUCAUUGGCGCUGGUGGAUUUGGUAAUGUUUUUAAAGCCUUACAUCGUCUUGAUGGUAUUGAAUAUGCAAUUAAAAAGAUAAUAGUACAUUCUGGACGAGUUAAAAAUGUAAUGCAGCAUCUUGAAGAAGUGAAAACUCUUGCUAAGUUAAAUCAUACCAAUAUAGUUUCAUAUAAGAGUGCAUGGAUUGAACCAAUAUUACCUUCAACUUUCCUACCAAGUCUAGUAUUCUCGAAUCAUACGCAAAACAAAUUAAGUUCUAUAGAGCACAUAAGUAAAGAUAGAUAUAAAUUAAGUGUAAAUCAGACAUCUAAUACACAGAGUCCACUAAAUUCUAGUAAUAAUAUUUGGAGUAGUCAAAGUCUAAAAGAAAGUCAUGAAGAAGAUAUAUUGUUGACAUACAGUAGAAAAACAACUUGCAAAUCUGAGGAGAAUAUUGUUAAACAAGAUGCAGAGGAAACAAGCUCCAAUAGUAUAUCUUUUAGAAGAGAUGAAGAGUAUCAAGAUAAUAAAACCGAAAAAAAUACAAAUUAUACAGAUGCCAGUAAUUCAUAUGAAGAAUGCAGUAGCAGUAAGAAACUUUUACCAUAUGUAUCACAAAUGAAUAAAACAUAUGCAACAUUAUACAUUCAAAUGACUCUUUGCGAAAAAACACUUCAACAAUGGUUGGAUGAAAGAAUAGAGGUCACUCCACAGGCAAUGAUCAGUGCGAUAUUAACGCAAAUUCUUUGUGGCUUAGAUUAUAUACAUUCUCGUGGAAUUGUGCAUCAUGAUAUAAAGCCAAGCAACAUAUUUAUUUCAACAUCAGGUCAGCUUCAAAUACAACUAGGAGACUUUGGAUUGGCUUGUCCAUUACAGAAAGAAAAUCACCAUUCCAUACUUGGUACACAUAUGUAUGCUGCACCAGAACAGUUACAAGGAAAAUGCAACCCUAAAAGUGAUAUAUACAGUUUGGGAAUAGUACUUUUAGAACUAUUAGUACAUACAAAGACACACAUGGAAAGAGUUAAAAUAAUUAACGGUUUAAAAAGAGGUCAAAUACCAACGACAUUGACUGCAACUUACCCUAAAUGGGCGCACAUAGUAAGUCAAUUAGUCCAAGAAGAUCCUGAGAAAAGGCCAUCGACAAAUCAGUUGUUACAGGACUAAGAAAGGAUACUGAUGUUAGAAAAAUGUAUUACUAAACAUGGUAUAUCAUUACAAGACGUAUAAACUCUUAUAUUUAUUGCUUUG